AUGGAUCCCCAAAACAUCACCCUUGGCAAUGCUUUGGAGGCCACCAACGACCUGCGCAUCAGGCAAAUCCCCCUGCGCAUCAGGGUCGGCCCCAUGCCUGCAGGAGCAGUGGCGCCAGUCUUACUACCUCUUCGUGAACUCAACCCCUCGGCACAGCAGAUGAAGCAUUUCUUUGGCAUCAUCCAUGACCACGAAGACCGCAUUUCGUACGAUGCACUGGGGCCUAUCAUUCGGGACAAGGCGUGGUCGGAGCUACCUCCUUUUGGUUUCAAAAAAGAUCUAGGUGUGAAGUUCCUGAUGCAAUUCUUCAUCGUGCGCCAGAACCAUGGAAAGCAUUGUGUCGUCAAGCACGUUUUUAUCCCGGACCACAAAGUAAAGGCUUCCCUAAUUCUCGAGUCAGGUUAUGGCACCUUGAAGGAAAUCAUGUGGGGCACCAACGCCAAAAACACCAAGAAGGCUCUGCAAUUCAUGCUUGAGCAACUUGGAGGCGUUCAAUUUCGUCUAUUCACUUUGACUCCGGCCCUAAAGAAAGUUGCUAAACCUGUGCCAGAGAAAUCGGAGGAGGAUUUAGACAAAGGCUUUGAGUACAUUCGUCUCCACGGUGAAAAGGAUAAAAGGCAACAUCACGAAUUGGACAAGAUGGCCAUCUUAAAGCGCUCCGUGAUUGUCGUGAUCUCGAAAACGGAACGAGUGCUUUGGGAGAACGCUUGGCUAGAGGAGGCUCUUCGUCAGCGUGAUCGUCCGCACGCCCCUGCUGUAGCUCCUCACUCCGCAGCUCCACCGCAAGUACGAGUCAAGCACGAAUGUGAGCCUGCGUCAGGUGAACCCGCAUCUGCGUCAGUUCCGGCUUCUUCAAUUCUGAAUCCUGAUCUGCCCAACAUGCGUGCCGUCUCAGAAGAAGAGGAUGUUGAUGAUGUCAUUCCCGCGGUCGGUUCGUGCCCAGAGUUGUCCUUGUCGCAAGAACUCGAAAACAUCAUGGAUGAGGAUGCUAUGGACGUGGCUUCUCCUGAGCGCGAUGAGUAG